GUUCACACAGAAUGCAGUGAGUAUGAAUGAAAGCCUGGACGGGUAGACCUAGAUCUUUUAUACUGUCGUGGUAUAUAAUCUGCAGUUAUCUUCAUGACAGCGACAUGGAGAAGGUUUGAAUCUAAAGAGAUCUAAACAUGCCACUCCAGUUUGUCUACAGCCUCCAAGACUUUGUCACCGAUGUGUGCCAGCGAGAUCGGAAUCCUCCCAUGGUGACACCAAGCAAGUUUGACACGAUCAUUAAAACCGGUUGGACAGACAGAAUGAAGAGGGGCCUCUUCCGUUACCACCUGGGUGAGCUUCAGACUCGCAUCCUGCCCGGACCGCUCGGCUUUGUGGCCCAGCUGAAUAUUCAAAGAGGAACAGAGAGGAGAAAGCCUCAGGAGAUACUGAGCAUUCAGCAGAAGUUCAAUGCCAAGCAGUUCAAUUUUAACAAAAUCAACCCUGAUGAAAUUGUGUGUGAGAUGGUGAGGGAUUCUGGAGACAGUGCACAGUUGACUCCACCCUCCAGGAUGGUCGUGUUGGUCAAUGUCAGCCCUUUGGAGUUUGGACAUUGUCUUUUUGUCCCUGAUCCCUCACGGUGUCUCCCACAGAUCAUCACCAGGUUUGCUAUCCAGGUCGGUAUUGAAUCUGUGCUCCUGAGCUCGGACCCUGCGUUUCGUGUGGGGUUCAACAGCCUCGGAGCGUUUGCUUCUGUCAAUCACCUGCACCUGCAUGGAUAUUACCUCGACCACGAGCUGAAGAUAGAGUCUGUGCCAGCCAAGCUUCUCGUCCCUGCCAAAGGAUUUCACCGUCUGUUGAACUUCCCUCCAGGCUUUUUGUUUUACGCAGAAGCGGAGGACGUCGAGGAGGUGUCCAAAGCAAUCUGUCAUGUCACAGACUUUCUUGUUGCUAAAAACAUCGCCCACAACAUAUUUUUGACAAGAGGAUGCUCCCCAGAAUCUCAGAGUGAGGAGGAUAGCUGCUCGAGAAAAGGCGUGCGCAUCGCUGUGUGGCCCAGGCUAUCUUGUUUCGGUGCCAAAGAGGAAUCUGCCUUCAACGUUGCCCUUUGUGAGCUGGCGGGACAUUUACCGUUUAAGAACAAGAAGGACUACGAGCUCACAACUGAGAAAGGCGUUACUGAUAUAAUACAGAAGUAUCUUCUGCCUGAGGAUGAGUUUAGUAGGUUGGAGCAGCAGCUUAUUGAUCAUUUAUUGGGUUUAUAGGAGAAAAACAAUCGGGAGGUUUGUUAAGUGAUGUAUCAAAUUUACAAAUCACUUAUUUUGGUUUACUACCUCUUUUUAUUUUUGGUGCCAUUAAUAUAUUAACGGGACAAACAACAUUCACACUGGAUCGUGAGUUUGUUUAUGUUAUCUCCUACGUACUUGAUCUCUUUAUUCCAGUGAAUAUGCACAGAACUGUUAUGUCAACCAUUUUUGAAGCCUCUACCAAAGAAUAAAGUGAUUCACAACUAUCACACUUGUAUAAAUUAAUCAGUGUGUUAGUGUGUAAUACCACAACAAAGCUGGUCUUUCGGGAUGCUCAUAGUUUUUGUUUUGCUGUUACUCGUUUAAGAACUGCUCAUCCUUACCUGUUCCUCUGUGAAUGCCAAAAUACCUAAAUUACCGUAAUGUAUGACUUGUUAAAAUAUCAGCUGGUAAGUCGUGACGUUACGUUAUACAUAAUGCAUUAUUAUUUGUUAUUUAAUCCUUGAUGUGACAAAGGUUCUUUCACUUUGUCUUGUGGUGAUACCGGCAAAUCACUAAGCACUUAUGAAAUGGAAAGAAAACAGUGCUUUUUGUUUUCGGGUGUUUGUGUUUAGCAAACAAACUGGGAGCAUUCAGCAGGAGUGUUGUGUAAAUGGAAAAUCACUGUUAAUACCAGCAGCACUCAGAGAGACACUA